AUGAGCUCGAUGCCACAAUUACCUCACAUCCCUGGCACGGACCCGUCAAGUUGCGUAUUUGACGCAUUCCGAACGGCCAUCGCUAAGAGGGUCUCCGACGCGCUCCCUCCGCUCACGGUCGAGCAAGUAUACAACGGGGUGGACUAUGGAAAGAAGGGAGUGGACUUCACAGUGGCCCUACCGCGAUUCCGGCUCCCGGGGAAGGUAGACGAGCUCGCGGGGAAGGUAUUGAGUAAAUUCGAAAAAGACGAAUGGGUGGAAUCAGUGAUACACGAUAAAGCAUUCCUACACUUCCAACUCAACACGUCCAAUGUCAUCCGCGAAAUCUUGAACCAAGUCCACCAACUAACCCAUGCGACGGAAUCAGGAAAGCCGGAGUACGGGACCAACACGUCAGGAAAGGGCAAGAAAGUUAUUAUCGAAUACUCCUCGCCGAAUAUUGCGAAAUCAUUCCACGUUGGCCACCUUCGAAGUACAAUCAUCGGAGCAUUCCUCGCAAACCUGUACAAGAGUUGCGGAUGGGACGUGGUAUCGCUCAAUUAUCUAGGCGACUGGGGGACUCAAUUCGGAAUGAUUGCCGUUGGAUUCGAAAAAUACGGUUCUCAAGAGGAGCUGGAAAAGGACGCAAUCAAGCAUCUAUUCGAUGUCUAUGUUCAGGUCAACAAGGACGCGAACGAAGACCCCAACGUAAAAGUCGAAGCCGCCAAAUGGUUCAAGCGUAUGGAGGACGGCGAUGAGUCUGCGUUGACCAAUUGGCGGGUAUGGCGGGAACUCAGCGUCAAGAAGUACGAGGGCGAGUACAAUCGGCUGAAUGUUCACUUUGAUGAGUAUACCGGCGAAAGCAAGGUUGGGAAGGAGUGGCAGGACAAGGCGCUGGAACGGCUGGAAGCGAUGGGCUUGAUCAGCGACGUCGACGGGGCCAAGAUUGUUGACCUCGAGAAAUGGAAGAUGGGGAAGGCGGUUUUACGCAAGAAAGACGGCACUUCCAUUUACCUAACUCGAGACAUUGCCGGCGCUAUUGAACGUUACGAGAAGUACAACUUCGACAAGAUGAUCUACGUCGUCUCAUCGCAACAAGACCUCCAUCUGUCCCAGUUCUUCAAAAUUCUGAAGUUGAUGGAGUUCCCGUGGGCAGACAAACUCGAACACGUCAACUAUGGCCUGGUGCAGGGGAUGAGUACGCGGAAGGGGACAGUUGUUUUCUUGGAUCAGAUCAUCAAGGAGGCGGCUCAAGUGAUGCACGAGCAGAUGCAGAAGAACGAAGAUAAGUACAAGGCCAUCGAGGAUCCGGAGAAUACGAGCCUGGAGAUCGGCAUCACUGGGGUGAAGAUUCAAGACAUGGCCGCGAAACGCAUAAACAACUAUACAUUCAACUGGGAUCGUAUGAAAUCUUUCGAGGGUGAUACUGGCCCAUAUCUCCAAUACGCGCACGUCCGACUCGCUUCCAUCGGGCGAAAUAAUCCGCACCUGUUCCCGCUCCCACCACCCGAACAGAUCGACACUUCACAUCUUGUUUCCUCUCCUCAUGCGCGUGAUAUCGUUUUCCUGCUCGGCACUUACCCCGAUGUUGUCAAAGUCGCGCUGAAGACGCACGAGCCGAGUGGUGUAGUGACUUUCGCGUUCAAGCUGAGCCAUGCGAUUUCGAGCGCAUGGGACACUGUAGGUGUGAAAAGCGAGAAGGACAUCGAGAUCGCUCGGGCGCGGAUGUGGAUGUACGAGUGCGCUAGACAUGUUUUGGCCGCUGCGAUGGAGCUAUUGAGCAUUCGACCGUUGGAAAAGAUGUAA